AUGCCCUGCUUUAAGGGCAUUGCGGUCAGCAUCCAUGCGAACUCUGCCCCGCUGCCAGAGCAUGGCAUGCAGAAACAAUCUCGUCUCUCGCGGAUCAGCACCUACAUUCCUGUUCCCCAACCUCAGCUCGCCGAGUCAAACAAACCUGAGCCUGCUAAAUUCGCCAUCUCUAUCACGCUCCUUACCCCAGGACUGCCUAUUCCAUACUCAACCCCAAAGCCUAGUGAUGAGAACCCUUAUCCAAAGCCACAGUUCGUUGGUGGGCUCAACACUGGCGAACGAGGCAAGUCGACUGGUGUAGUUAACCCCUACAUCCCUAUGACCAACUCCGAGAACGAGACUAUCGCUGCCUACAUCUACUUUGACGGUCGAGCUAAAGAGGAAGUUGCUACUCUGCUGCGACCUGGUGAGGAAACUUGGGUGAACAGCCGUUGGGUUCAGGUCCCUGACUCUGAAGGUGGCGGUCUGGCCGAGCGCGAGUUCUUGUUCCGUGAGGUUGGCUUGGAGCGAUGGCUCAACGGUUUGGAUCUCCAAGGACAUGAUGCUGCCGAGAAACUUGAGAAGCGUCGCCAGAAGUUUGAGAAGCGCCGACGACGACAAAGGGCCCUUGAAGGCAACGCAAGCGCCGAUGUAGAGGAAGGAUCUUCGAGCCGAAGGAGCACACUACGCUAUGGUGCCGAUGACAAGUCCCCUAUCGAGGCUGUCUUGGACGAUUCCGAUUCCUGGUCCGACGAUGAUGAUGAACCACCUGAGGCGACUGGACAGAUCAAAGUGGCUAUGUUCCGUGUUCUCGCCUCCGGUGAAAUCAAGAAGGGCGAGUACUCUCCUCAAUUUGAUGCCCAUGAUGGCGAUGAGGACGAUAUGGGUUCCAAAGAAGGCAACGGAAUCGACGCCGAUGUUGAACAUACAACGAGUUUUGCGAAACCCAAAACUCUUGAUCCCAAGACUAUUAGCACACAAACUGUGACAGGGAUCGAUGGUCCAGACAAGCCUUAUGCCGUCUUUACCUUUUUCUAUCGCGGAGAGCGACAAUUGCAAAAGCUGGGCGUCAUUCAAUCAUCGAAGAACCCACAGACAACACCAAGCUCCGUUAAGCGAAGAUCGGGUCAACUCGACUUCUCUAACCUAGGACCCCUUAAGGCUGGCGGUACCGUUGGUUUCUCUGCCUUCCGCGACCAAGCUACUGAAGCCUCGAGACGGCGCAAGGCUCGAAAGAAGAGCAACGGAAAUAUUGCCGAUGAUAGCGACGACGACGACGAUGAUGACGACGAAAACCUAGGCAAGAUGGAGGAAGUUUACGAUAAGGAAGUAGACUCCAAACUUGCGCCGGAAGAUGUUAAGUUCCAGGGCGAACUUGCUGAGGGUGUGGACCGUAUUCACCUUAAGAGGGCGCAUUCCGCGGACCCAGACAGCAUAGUCGCCUCUUCAGCAUCGCAGACCCCUACUGCAGCCAACGCAUCCACGUCCCUAGCACCUCCCGCUGGAGGAUCUUCUGCAAACAACAGUUUGUCAAAUGCAGCGAGUCUCGAUACCCCUAGCAAGUCCAGCUUCCAGAGCCCUCUCAAGAAGUACAGACCCAGCGUUGACUACUCAGCCGAUGGUGUUAGCUUUGGAGCAGGCUCGGGCUUGAAGACGGAGUUGGAUGCAGCGCCGUCUGGGGGGUCCGGAUCUGGAACACCCUCCAACGUGGAGACGCAAAAAGGGAAAAAUGAAGACGAAGAAGAACUAUAG